CGCCAGAUGGUGGUCGAGGCCACGGCUCCGAGGGCACGGCCCCGGCUAGGCGGAGCCGCGAGGGCCCGCGGCUCCCGGGGCUGUCCCAGUAGCCCCAGGGCAAGUGACCCGGACGCCGCGGCCUCCUGCCCGCACCAUGGCCCAGCCCGUGCCCCGGCUCUCUGUGCCCGCCGCGCUAGCCCUGGGCUCGGCCGCGCUGGGCGCGGCCUUCGCCAGCGGCCUCUUCCUGGGGAGACGGUGCCUCCCAUGGCGAUCCCGGCGGGAGAAGCGCCUGCUGCCCCCCGAGGACAGCCCCCUGUGGCAGUAUCUGCUGAGCCGCUCCAUGCGGGAGCACCCGGCGCUGCGGAGCCUGCGGCUGGUACUUUCACAGGCUACUCAGCCCUAGCGUUGGCCCUGGCGCUGCCCCCGGCUGGGCGCGUGGUAACCUGCGAGGUGGACGCGGGGCCCCCGGAGCUCGGGCGUCCCCUGUGGAGGCAGGCCGAGGAGGAGCACAAGAUAGACCUUCGGCUGAAGCCCGCCCUGGAGACCCUGGACGAGCUCCUGGCCGCGGGCGAGGCCGGCACCUUCGACGUGGCCGUGGUGGACGCGGACAAGGAGAACUGCACCGCCUACUAUGAGCGGUGCCUGCAGCUGCUGCGACCCGGAGGCGUCCUCGCUGUGCUCAGUUUGUACCACACAGCUAGUGGAAUCUCAGUUCCCCAACCAAGGACUGAACCUGGGCCACAGCAGUGAAAACGCCAAAUCCUAACCACCAGACUACCAAGGAACUCCCGUCUCAGCCUCUUCUAAAAAUCCAAAGCACAUCAAGCCUCAUAUGAAAUGAACAUUUACUCUCUCAGCAUCAAAACUCGAGAGUAACGUUUUUUACUAUAUACUUCUGAGCGGCACUCUAGAAAUGCCCAAGGAUGAUCUUUUUAUGUUGAGAACUCCUUUAGGUUGUACCUAGAUUCAGAGACAUCAAUACCACUUUGAGAUCCUACAUCAUAAUAUCCCACAAAACAAAUACUCACACGUUAG